AAUCUUCCAUCUGGCUUUCCAGUGGAGGUUCAGAGUCUGCGCUCUGCUCAGGUACAGUAGCGCAUCACACGCCGAGGGAAGGAGUGAGGGAGUCAGAGGCAGAUAUUUAUAGCCCAGAGCGAGGCUGCAGCACUGAGAUAAGACUCGGGACCAAACCGCAGAAGGCAGACGGGGCUCAGAGGAACGACAGCGCGUCAAAAUGAAACCUUUCCUGUGGGCAGUUUUGUGCGGGGCCGCGGCGGUGGCCCUGGUCAGCGCGGCCGGUAAAGACGGGGAGAUCUCGCUCGAGUACCACCGUUACGAGGAGCUCCGCAAAGCGCUGGUGUCGGUGUGGCUGCAGUGCCAGACCAUCACCCGCAUCUACACCAUCGGAGAGAGCUUCGAGGGCCGCGAGCUGCUGGUGCUGGAGAUGUCCGACAACCCGGGGACGCACGAGCCUGGUGAGCCUGAGUUUAAGUACAUUGGCAACAUGCAUGGCAAUGAAGCUGUAGGCAGAGAGCUGCUCAUCUACCUGGCUCAGUACCUAUGCAACCAGUACCAGCAGGGCAACGAGACCAUCAUCGACCUCAUCCACAACACCCGCAUCCACAUCAUGCCCUCCAUGAACCCGGACGGCUUUGAGAAGGCUGCCUCCCAGCCCGGAGACAUCAAGGAUUGGUUUGUGGGCCGCAGCAAUGCGCAGGGGGUGGAUCUGAACCGUAACUUUCCUGAUCUGGAUCGCAUCAUUUACAUGAACGAGCGUGAGGGUGGAGCCAACAAUCACCUGCUGCAGAACAUGAAGAAGGCCGUAGACGAAAACACCAAGCUUGCUCCAGAGACUAAGGCCGUGAUUCGAUGGAUCAUGGACAUCCCUUUCGUCCUCUCAGCCAACCUGCACGGAGGAGAUAUUGUUGCCAACUAUCCAUAUGACGAGACUCGAACUGGAUCCACCCACGAGUACAGCGCCAGUCCGGAUGAUGUGAUGUUCAAGUCUCUGGCCAGAGCUUAUUCCAUGUACAAUCCUGUCAUGUCCGACCCCCGCCGACCCCCCUGCCGCAAGAAUGAUGACGACUCCAGCUUUAAGGAUGGCAUCACAAAUGGUGGAGCCUGGUACAGUGUACCUGGAGGUAUGCAGGAUUUCAAUUAUCUGAGCAGCAACUGCUUUGAGAUCACUCUGGAGCUCAGCUGUGACAAGUUCCCCAGUGAGGACACUCUUAAAACUUACUGGGAUCAAAACCGCAAUUCCCUCGUCAACUACAUCGAACAGGUUCACCGUGGUGUCAAGGGCUUUGUCCGUGAUUUGCACGGCAAUCCCCUCUCUAAUGCCACCAUCUCUGUGGAGGGUAUCAGCCAUGACAUCACCACAGCCAAAGAUGGAGAUUAUUGGCGCCUUCUGGCUCCAGGAAACUACAAAGUGGCUGCUUCUGCCCCAGGAUACCUGACUGUCAUCAAGAAGGUGGCUGUUCCCCACAGCCCUGCAACCAGGGUGGAUUUCGAGUUGGAGUCUCUGUUGGAGAGGAAGGAGGAAGAGCGUGAGGAGUUGACGGACUGGUGGAGGAUGAUGUCAGAGACAUUAAACUUCUAAAGUAUUUGUCUUUCUGAUGACGGAGCUGUCUGCACAUUGAUGUAAUAUAUUCAUUCUCUGUGUCUGUCCACCCUAAAGAGAAAAUAUUGUUUUCUUUGGUUCUCUUUCCAUAACUUUUAAUUGAUUAUGCUGUCUGCCUCAUAACUCCUGUAGAUGGUUUGAAUAUCCUGCACGGUGAAAGACAAAGGAAGAAUUUGCAGGUAGUUUGGUGGCAGUAAGACUGGUGUUGACUCCUGUGGUGUUGUGCUCCUUGUUGUACACGUGAUUGGUAACCAUGGCACCCAUUUAUAUAACCAAGGAAUGACUGAAUAAUUGUGUAUGUAGAACAGCUAUUUACUACAUUAUCACAUGGCUCACAUUAUUUUUCUGUUUUAAAUGUCUCUGUUUCUCCAGGCUUUAGUACAAAAAUAAGCAAAUAAGCAAACAAGCAAACACACCUUCACAACUCCCAGCAAUUUUUCAAUGUAAAAACCGUUUACAUCCCAAUAAGUAUUCACAUUGUUUGUCUCCUGUAAUAUAAAAGAUUACAAUAGAACACCAUCGUUCUCUGAUAACCAGGGACAUUCAAAACACUGUAAAAUCACUGUAAACAUUUAUUGUAAACAAUCUAUAGGGACAGUCUUAAUUUCCUGUAUGUUAUUGGCGUCAAUAUUUUUUAAACUGCAGCACAGCUUUGAUUUGAGCACAAGGUGAAUGGUUAUGAUGUAGUAAGUAUUUAUGAUCUAGGUAUAGCAAGCUAUGUGUUUUUCGUUACUGAAAUGUAAGCAAAGGCCAUUGAGACUUGCAUUGAGGUCCCUGAGACUCCUCAUGUUAAUCAACCCAAAGCAAUUCCUUUGUAUGUGCACGGGACACAGUACAUGGGAAAUUUGUAAUGCAGAAGGAACUGCUGAAUGAGCUCUUUUUCAAAAUAAAUCAUCGCAACACUACAUCUAUGAGUAAAAUUUAACUGACUGCCUAGUCUGAAAUGUAUUGAAUGUAUAUCUGUAGAAACAGAUGUAAAGAAUGACCUGAUUAAUAAAACUAUCCUCUUUAUGUUGUCAAA